CAGAAACGUCAAAUGGUAAAAAUGGUCGCUUGUUUCACGCGCUGUUAGGUAUUGAAAAGAAAAGUUUAGAAUAUUCAGUAUUUUUGGGAAAUUUUCCAACCAGCUUUAGUGGCUUUUCAUAGUAGCAACAACUCCAGUUUAUUAAUCGAGAAAAUUCACUAUUAAACGUCAAGCAGUGAAUCGUGAAUGUUGAAUCGAUCCGGAGGGGUUGCAAAAAUGCACAACUGUCUUAUGUGGACCUUUACAUUAUUUUAAUUGGUCGUGAAAGCAGUGAAAAUAUUGUUCAUAUAUCAAAACCAACAUAUGCAAUCUAGAUCGAAGUAGGGAAUAAGAUUACGCGAUGGAGUUCUCACAACCGCCGCCAGAUCCGAUGCCCAAUUUUGCCAACCCUCCCCCGAUAAAUCGAAUUCUCAGUUAUCAAAAUCCUCAAUCGCAGAAGCAACAGCAUAACUUUUAUCAUCAUCGACCGUAUCAUCAUUUCAAUGGGUUCCGCGGCGGUCCACCCAUGACGCAGGAUGACUUCGAUGGAAAGCGUUUGCGGAAAUCGGUAAUGCGUAAAACAGUGGAUUACAAUGCAUCUAUCAUUAAAGCUCUGGAGACGCGCACUUGGCAACGGGACUACCGUGAUCGGCGCACCCUGCAGCCCGAGUGUAUCUACAUUCCGGAACUACUUCCUCCGCCGAGCUACAUGGACAACCCGAUCAACGCGGUCACGACACGUUUCGUUAAAACGGCAACCAAUAAAAUGCGAUGCCCGAUUUUCACACUCGCUUGGACGCCGGAGGGUCGGCGACUAGUAACAGGCGCUAGCUCGGGGGAGUUUACCCUUUGGAAUGGGUUAACCUUUAACUUCGAAACAAUUCUGCAGGCUCAUGAUGUUUCUGUCCGAACGAUGGUGUGGUCGCACAACGACAAUUGGAUGGUAACCGGGGAUCACAACGGCUUCGUCAAGUACUGGCAGUCGAACAUGAACAACGUAAAGAUGUUCCAAGCCCAUAAGGAACCCAUCCGAGGAAUCAGCUUCAGCCCAACGGAUUCCAAAUUUGCCAGUUGUAGUGACGACGGAACGGUGCGCGUUUGGGAUUUCCUGCGCUGUCAGGAAGAGCGAAUGCUCCGAGGUCACGGAGCAGAUGUUAAGUGUGUCCACUGGCAUCCGCAGAAGGCACUCAUCGUAUCCGGUAGCAAAGAUAACCAGCAACCUAUCAAACUCUGGGACCCCAAAUGUGGUCAGGCGUUAGCUACAUUACAUGCCCAUAAAUCGACCGUGAUGGACCUGAAAUGGAACGAUAAUGGUAACUGGCUGGUUACGGCUUCCCGUGAUCACUUACUCAAGCUGUUUGAUCUGCGAAACUUGAGCGAAGAGGUACAGGUAUUCCGAGGCCACAAGAAGGAAGCCAGUGCGGUUUCUUGGCAUCCGAUUCACGAGGGAUUGUUCGCUUCCGGUGGUUCGGAUGGGUCGAUUUUGUUCUGGAACGUUGGUACUGACAAAGAAGUUGGCGGUAUUGACAAUGCCCAUGAGAGUAUAGUUUGGACGCUGGCCUGGCAUCCGUUGGGACAUAUUCUUUGCUCAGGGUCGAACGAUCACACCAUCAAGUUCUGGACCCGCAACCGACCUGGUGAUCAGAUGCGGGACAAAUAUAACUUGAAUACGCUUCCGGCAAGCCUGGCUGGGCUCGACGAGUGUGAGCUGGAAGAUCACGUCGUUAUCCCUGGCAUGGGACCUGAAGAUAAAAUCGACAUUGCUGAAAGCUUGGGAACCAACAACAAUGGCGUUAUUCCUGGGUUAGAUUUUGCUAAUGUUACAAACUUCAACGAAAAGAUGCGCGAGAAGAAGAUACCCUACAGCAAACCGAUUCCCCGAAACUUCCAAGCACAGUGGAACGAAGCGGGCAAAUAUGACGACCAUCAUGUAGCAUCGGAAGAAAUCAAGGAAGUGAUAUCACAAAUUGUAGAAAACACUCCUGGAGUAGUGCCACUGAAGAAAAUCGCCCCAUCAGCAAUCAUUCUUUACGACCGAGUAAUACAAGUACUUCCUGGUUCCGAACUUGAAUCGGCUAUUCUAGAGGGACCGGCAACCCUGAAUCGGUACAUUCUGAUGGGUAGAAUUGGAGAGCUGCACGACAUGAUACCACCCAUCGAUGAAGAAGAACUAAACAAUAUGGAACAGAAUGGUAUCGAUAUCCUAGCCAGUCGCGCGAAUCUAGAGAUUGAUCCGACCUACAUUUACAACAAAACUACAACGAUAGAACCUGCGGAACCACCAGAGGCUACCGAACCACUGCUGUCGUCCACUUCUCUGAUGAAACGAAGGACACCUCCCCCACCGACACCAGAUCCAACGGCGGGUAUUCCUUCGCUACUGCAGCUCGAUAUCAACCCACCGCCCGACAUAAACUUCAACACUGACGAAAUGGAAGAUGAAAUAGCCCUUCGAAACAGCAAAAAAGGAAGAGAACGAGAAAAACUAAGAGAGAAAGAGCGCCGUGAACAGGAAGAAAAAAUGAAAUUCUGGGCAGAGCACAAUGAGAAAAAUUGGGAUGAGGAGGAAUGCGACGACGGUCGCAGCUAUAGACGACCUAUUUCACCCGUAACGAGCCAUAAUAGCAACAGCAAUGGAUUGGAGUGGAACAAUUCCAAUUAUGACAAUGACGGGGGUGAUGACACUAGCAUUGAAGGUAAAUCGUGGCAGGGAGAUAGUAGUAAAAGAGAUGAGAAUCGAUCCGGUAACUUCAACUUCACGCAGGGAACCACAAAUUUCGGUGGCCCUAGCAAUUUUAGUCCCCACAGUUACGGCGGCUCAAAGAAUUUCGGUCCUGCUCCAAAUAAUUUCAAUUCGGGACCGAACAAUUUUGGAUCUGGCCCGAACAGCUUCAAUUCAGGUCCUACAAAUAACUUCAAUCCUAACGUUCCUCCUGGCCCCCCGCCAAACUUCAACGCAGCCCCUCCACCCAAUUUUAAUUCCGGCACGUCUAACAAUUUUAAUGCACCUCCCAUUGGAAACUUCGGAAACAGUUUCAAUUCGGGUCCACCUCCGAACAGCUUCAAUAAUUUCAACAAUGGGAGCAGUUUCAAUAACGCAGGUAAUAAUUUUGGCUCUGAUCAUGGAGGUAACGACGACGGUUGGAACAGAGGGGGCAAUCGUAACAGGAAUAACAACCGGGGUGGCCGUGGAACGAGGGAACGAGGGUACCGCGGAGGAAACAGGAGAAAUUAACUGUAGACAUACACACUGAGAACGUAUGACUUGUAAGAAGAGUAGUUAAUAUAAGAUUAAGUUAUGGCUGGAAAUGUAUGUGUGAUAUCGUGCGACUACAUUUUUUUGGAAAAAAAUCUUAUGUGGUAUUUGCAUUGGAUGAGAAUGUGAAAUUUUUAAGUUAAAAAUAAAAAAAGAAAUAUGAAAAAACAUACAGCAUAAUAUAA